AUGAUACCCCAUUCCUCUGCCGGCGGCCAAUCAUGGGGCCAUCAGAUGCGAUCAUUCAGUGGUGGCCCCGGACGGAUUGAUAUGGCCCAGGUGUCGGGCCAGUAUGAUCCUCUCUUGGACAACUCCCAGCCGCCUCUGUCGCACCCCCAGCCGCCACCUCAGACUCGUCAGCCGGCUGUCGUCGAUCUAACCGGCGGACUCGAGUCGCACGGAGAACCGCCGCCGAAACGACCGAAACUCGAUGUAUCAGGAAGUUCGAUUGUGGGGGACACACCGACAGUGAACAGUGCCGAGGCAAGGAGUACUCCAGGAAGCGCGGGUUCGCGACCUCCGCUCUCCUGGCGCGGCCGCCCGCUGUGGUCUUUCCAGGCCGUCAUGUCGGAGAUCCCGGGCAGCGAUAAUCGAGGUGAGAACGCGAAGGGAACUAGAAAUUCGUCGCCCCCUCCGUUCCCUAUCCCGGCCUGGAGUAGCGCCCCGUCCGAUCGUCAAGACCCGGGGUCCCAAUCCAGGGACAGCUCUCCGGAAAAGAAGGUCUCGACAAUACCAUACCGCAUCGAAACUCCUUCGGUGGCUCCAAAGCUGAAUGGCGAGAAAGCUGCCGAUUUCACUCCUUGGACUGGUAACCACCCCGAAGACAUUCUGAACGAACAAACUGCGAAACAAGGUUAUUAUGACCGUACGCAAGUCUCUCAGAAUGAAUCUAACACCGCGCGACCUGCAUUAUACGGACAAUUAAAGCACCGCACGAGUCUGCAUGUGCUUUCCUCCGUCUUUGCCGCUGCCUUGGAGAAACGACAAAACCACAACACAAUCCAUGCGCCCUCUACUUUCAAGCCGCCGCCACGAGUCACGCUCACCGAUAAUAAACGAGAGGGUUGGCUUCGAGACCUUGCCAACCCAUCUGUACCGUUACGCAAGCUGAGCCGAACCAUCCCCCACGGUAUCCGAGGCAAAGUUCUUUUAGAUCAGUGUUUGGGCAAAUGGAUUCCUGUGGCAAGAGCAGUGUGGCUUGCAAAAUGUGUGGGUGCCAAUGAGAUUCGUGCGUUCAAACGGAAAGGAACGAGUGGUGCUUUGGCCGUGGGCUUGGAAGCCAAGUGGGUUCGAGACUGGACAACGAACGUUCACCAAUUCAUUGAGGGAGUUUUCAGUUCACCCAAAUCUACGGAUUGGAAAGCCCGGAUGACCUAUGCAAUUGGCCUGACUGCCCGUCUGUUUUUUGAGAAUCUGCUGGACCACGAUCAUUUCAUUGAAUGGUUCUUGUCAUCCUUCGAGGCAGCGUCUCUUGUGACCGUCCCUGUCUGGCUCUUGAUGCUGGGUAUAUACUGGAUCAACAUCAUGCGGUAUAGGCGCAGAGGUCGGCGCUUGGCCGAAAUUUUGCUCGCAAAGCUGCGUCUGUGCACCGAAGCCAAGUUGGAGACUCUGCAGCCUCUGGUUGAUCGGCUGUGUUGUUUUAUCAAAAAGCUUGUCCAUGAACAUACAUCAUCUAUGAUUUUGCCAAAUACCUGGGAGAUGUACAAGAACCAGGUCUCAUCAUGCCUCGAUCUCUCCCACAAGGUCGACCGAGCUCUGUUUCAGAGCAUCGCGGAACGCAAUGCGCGUGUCCAGCGACCUCGGAACCCCAAACAAGCUAAACACCGCUCCCCUCAGCAACGCAUCAUUCGUCUUCUCGAUUCUAUCCGCUCGGCACAAGACAUCCCGGCCGCUUCAGCAGCCUGUCUGGAUGCGGUCGGCGACGGGCGAAGUUUGGUUUCCAAGCUGUUGCAGUGGCUUGCGACUCCAUUCCGUCACGGCAUCUGUCGAGUCUAUGUUGGUGCUCGUCUGCUCCGGAAGUGGAAAUCGUGCGGCGUAGAUGUGGACGAGCAUGUACUUUCCUUCCUCACUCAUUUUCGAGAUACCAAGAAACUGGAUAUGGAAAAUGUUUACCAUGUGAUCUCUGAGCUUGUCAGGUCACAGACAUUCUCGGUUGGUCGAUACUUGCAGUGGCUCAUGGCAAAGGGUGCCACGAGCUAUUCUUCAAGCAAAGGGCAAUCCGCGCGCGACCUGCCCUAUGACGUUGGAUUGAUCGCCGAACUGCCCAUCAGUCGUCUCCCAGAACACGUUGGAAAUCUGCGCAGCACGUUGCUGGCUCGCACUGGUCUUUCUGUAUCGGAUGAGACUGCAAUGCUUGCAGAUGUCAAGAAUCUUAUCAGCGAGCGCCUUCCGGAAAUCUUUGAUGUGGAGAUGCAUGAUGACUUGUCGCUCAGGUCCUUGCCAGUAGACUUGACCUGGGCCGUAAAGGGGCAAAUCGGCCAAUGGCUCCGACGCGGGGUUGCUGAACAUACUCGCGAGACGCCGCCUAUCCAAGCUAGUCUCCCAGGGGAUGAUUUCAUAUCGGUGUCUGCACUGACGCCGGAAGAGUUCUACAGCGUCCGCGACAUUCUAGAGACAUUUGGUGACAUCUCCAUACUGGCAGACGUGUUGAAGUGUGCCUCAAGUUCCCAUGACAGUACUGUUCUCGCGUCUGUUGCCGAUACCACAAACUUUCAUUUUGACUCUCUGUCCGUCAUUGGUGCUACUGCCGACCUGUUUCGCAAGUUGGUCGAUGCUUAUGCGGCCCUGAAGCGUUUCGGCGCACCCAGUCUGAGACCUCAUGUUUUCAUUGAUUGA